AUGGCCUGCACCUUGUCAGGCUGCAUUCCUUGCGCGUACAAGCUCGUCGUGCAGCCUUUCAUCAAGCACGAGCAGCCGGUUCAGGCCGAACCGUCGGCCCGAAGAAUGCAUCCGCAUGCGAGCAGCAUCAAGCUCGCCUCCUGCAGCAAGCUCGCCGCUGCCAGCGACCUAGCUGCUCUCCUCCCCAAGUCCUCCAUCCUCACAGUAGGCGACGGUGACCUGACCUUCUCCAUCAACAGGACGCGGGAGGUUUCCGACAUGGGAUGCCGUCACUUAUGUCUGGAGAUGCACGUCGAGGAGCGAGAAGGAGGAGGAGAUGGGAGGGAGAGGAGCGCAGGAGCGGGUGGCGCUGAUGCAUCUGCUACGAAGGGAGGGCAUGAUCGACAGGCUGAGCGAGGAGGCGAGGAGACAGCGGAGCAGCAGCAGCAGCAGAGCGGAGAGGAGAGGGGGUGCGUGCUCGACAAGGCGGGAGUGCACGAGCUGGAGGAGGAGGUGGUGGUGUGCGACGGGAUGAUCCGGCUGAGCGACAAGAUCUUGGACUCGAUCUGCAAGCUGCUGCUUCUUGGAUGA